AUUUUGUCCCGUCAUCCUCCCAACUUCAAGUGCAGGAAAGUGGCGAGCUGGCGCCCCCAUCCGCAAAACAAAAGUGAGCGAUUCCUCCCUAGCCCCCAUGUCUUCUCAGGGAAGCCUUCGCAAAGAUGGCCGGACCUUCAAUCAGCUGCGGGGAAUGGUGUGCGAUCGAGGGCUUCUCCAUCGAGCAGACGGUUCUGCCAAGUGGUCGCAAGAUGGCACUUCCGUGCUAGUUGGGGUGUAUGGCCCGAAGAACAUGCCGCCGAAGCGGGAAGACCCUGAGAAAGCAGUACUUGAAGUUCUCUGGAAACCCAAGUCUGGGAUUCAAGGACCCGAGGAACGUGAGGCAGAGAUCAUUUUGAGGCGCACGUUGGAGGCUGUUGUCCUGGCACCUCUCUUUCCCCGGGCGGGCAUCAGUGUCGUUGUACAGGUCAUUCAUGACGACGGGUCCUUGCUCUCGUGCGCCAUUAACGCUGCGUGUGCGGCGCUUGUCGAUGCGGGCAUCCCCAUGACGGGCCUUUUGGCGUCGGUCACCAUCGCCCUAGCGAAAAGAGACGACGGCGCUGGGGGAGGAGCGCAUUUGCAGCUCGAUCCUACGAGGGAGGAGCAGGAUGGGGCUCAAGCAACUGUUUGUCUUGCUCUUGAAACAACGCCAAAAGCAGCGACCUCAAAUGGAUCCGUAGAGGGCGAAGCCGUGGUUACUUCCACCACGAGAGGGGCCAUGGCGAUUGAAGAGUAUCUUGAGGCUCUGGAUAGAUGCCGAAUGGCGUCUCGGACUAUCAACGCUUUUGCACGCUUGAGUCUGGACAAAGCACAGCGCCGGUUGGAAUUGCCUGGUACUUAAUGGACACGCUGCAUGACAUCUGCUUCCUACUGUAACAGUUUGCACGUACUGUCCCGAACCGCUUGCAAAGCAAACUGCAUAAUACGACUAGCCGGAAAUGCGUGUCGGUCUCGGUUUGCCUGGGGCCUUCCCGGCACAACCACAAACUUUUUUUGGGGC